CGAAGCACAAACAACAAAGACCAAAAAAUCCCGAGCUUUCGCACGUCAUUUGCCCGCAAGCUCCGACACAGACACCGACACUCACCACCCACCCAACCACCCUCUCCCUCUCUCUCGAGCCUCUCCAUUAAUAAGUGAAGCAAUUCCACUGCAUCACUUCCCUCCCCUCCCCUCCACCUUCCGCAGUCCAGUGCACCUUCCACACCAUCCACGUGCUGCAAUCAGUACCCGGCACACUGGGAGUCUGUCGUCUGGAUCGGACUGAUCAAUUGCUUCAAGGUAUGCUCAACUCCCACUCCCCAGUCCACAAUCCCCAACACCUCCGCACACCGAUUGUGGAGGUGACCCAACGCCGUGCAUCGCUGCAUAUCUAAGCAUCCACCCGCCCCGCCAAUUCGCGGUGGCAGAGCACGCAGCUCUUUCAGGCCCGCGUUGACCUCCACUGACUUCCUCGCCCUUCCCGUCCGCUCCAGUCCUUACCAAUUGCUUUGCACCACCCGCAUCCUUCCACCAUGGCCGACGAACCCAAGCGCGACGUGCACAACCACGUGCUGUUCGAAGUGGCUACCGAAGUUGCCAACCGAGUCGGCGGAAUCUAUAGUGUGCUCAAGUCGAAAGCCCAGGUGACGACGGCCGAGUAUGGCUCCAGCUAUACCCUGCUGGGUCCGCUCAAUCGAGCUUCCGCAGCUGUGGAAGUGGAAGAGGUCGAGCCUAGAGAUCCAGCUCUGAUUGCAACAAUCAAGAGCAUGAACGAGCGCGGCAUUCAGACCCUGUACGGACGAUGGCUGAUUGAUGGAGCUCCGCGAGUAUUGCUGUUCGACACUGGCACUGGCUACUACAAGCUCGAUGAAUGGAAAGGCGAUCUGUGGUCCACCGCCGGCAUUCCCAGCCCUCCCGAUGACCACGAGACAAACGAAGCCAUUGUAUUUGGUUACUUGAUCGCCUGGUUCCUGGGAGAGUACGUCUACCACGAGAAGGAGCGCGCAGUCAUUGCACAAUUCCACGAAUGGCUAGCGGGUGUUGCUCUCCCUCUCUGCAGAAAGCGAAAGAUCGACGUCACCACCAUUUUCACCACCCACGCGACAUUGCUCGGCCGAUACCUCUGCGCCGGAUCCGUCGAUUUUUACAACAACCUGCAGUACUUUGAUGUGGAUGCCGAAGCUGGAAAGCGUGGCAUCUACCACCGAUACUGCAUAGAAAGAGGCGCCGCACACUCCGCAGAUGUCUUCACCACCGUUAGUCAUAUCACGGCCUACGAGAGUGAGCACUUGCUGAAGCGGAAACCGGAUGGUGUCUUGCCAAAUGGUCUCAACGUCAAGAAGUUCUCCGCAACCCACGAAUUCCAGAACCUGCACCAGAUGAGCAAGGAUCGCAUCACCGAAUUUGUACGCGGUCACUUCUACGGCCACAACGAUUUCGACCCCGAAAAAACUCUCUACUUCUUCACAGCUGGACGAUACGAAUACAGAAAUAAGGGUGUUGACAUGUUCAUCGAGUCGCUGGCUCGUUUGAAUCAUCGCAUGAAAGCCGCCGGCUCGGAUAUGACUGUGGUAGCCUUCUUGAUCUUCCCUGCACAAACACAAUCCUUGGCAGUCGAAGCGCUCAAGGGUCAGGCAGUGGUCAAGUCGUUGAAAGAUACAUUGGGGCACAUCGAGAGGAGCAUUGGCAAGAAGCUGUUCGAGAAAUCCAUCUCGUGGCAUGAAGGCCAGGAUCCACCGGAUGAGAAGGAUCUCUUGAGCCCUGCGGACAAGAUCAUGCUGCGCAGAAGAUUGUUUGCCAUGAAGCGACAUACUCUACCCCCCAUCGUCACACACAAUCUGGUCAACGACACCGAAGACCCAAUCCUCAACCAAUUGCGACGCUGCCAGCUUUUCAACCACCCAUCAGAUCGUGUCAAAGUCAUCUUCCACCCCGAAUUCUUGAGUUCAGGCAACCCUGUACUCCCAAUGGACUACGAUGACUUUGUGCGAGGAACACACAUGGGUAUUUUCAGCUCGUACUAUGAACCUUGGGGUUAUACACCGGCUGAAUGUACCGUCAUGGGUGUACCAUCCAUCACCACGAAUCUUUCUGGGUUCGGCUGCUAUAUGGAAGAACUGAUCGAGAACGCGGCGGAUUAUGGCAUUUACAUCGUUGAUCGGAGACUCAAGGGGGUGGACGAUAGCGUAAACCAGCUGGCCGAGUUCAUGUUCGAGUUUACCAAGAAGAGCAAGCGACAACGCAUCAACCAGCGAAACCGAACCGAGCGCUUGAGUGAUCUUUUGGACUGGAAGCGAAUGGGUAUGGAAUAUGUCAAGGCACGCCAGCUUGCCCUGCGACGAGCGUACCCAGAUAGCUUCCAGGAUGGAGAGGACGAGCCAGGCUUCUUCGAUGGAACGGAGAACAUUAAGAUUACCCGACCGCUGUCCGCACCUGGCAGUCCAAGAGACCGGAGUGGCAUGAUGACUCCAGGCGACUUCGCUUCGAUCCAAGAAGGGCGUGAAGGACUCAGCACCGAAGACUACAUUGCGUGGAAGCUUCCCGAGGAGGAAGAGCCAGAGGACUACCCAUUCCCGCUCACUCUCAAGCAGAAAUCGAAACAAGGCCUGUCAGCGAGUGGCGCUGAGCAAGGUCUCGCUGGGAGCGGAACGGCUACACCGACCAUGGUCAAUGGGAAUGGUAAUGCUCCCUCAUAGCCCUUUACGAAGUGUCAUGUGAGAGGAGAGGCCGAGGAGAGAUUGGAACGAAGGUUGUGAAUCGGAUCAUCAGCACGAUCACUUGUGCAUGCAUACAGCAUUGCAUUAGUCUGAGAUGUUUUUGUACGGGCAAGUAAAGAUGGGAUAUUGCGACGUUGGUUGACAUCGAGCGCGCCUAUUCUGUAUUCACGUGUAGUCAUAUCCAAAAGGGAGGCGAAUCUGAUAUUGGGUCAUCUGAAUAUUCAGGCAGGCGCAUCUCCUUUUAUCCUGGUCGUCCUUGGACAAAAGCUUUCGGGCCGACGGAGGUCCAUGUUCUUCUGAG